GAAGCCCCACUCCCCUUCAAUCUUUCUCUCUCUUUUCUCUCUCUCUCUCUCUCUCUCUCUCUCCACCCCCACAUUUCCAUUGUAGCAGUCCCCCACAAGAUCAAGAGAAGAAGCUCACCAACCAGCUCCAUCACAAACCCUAGCAAAGAGAAGGAAAAAAAAAAGAAGCAAGAGAGAUCCCAGAAGGGAUCUCAACACACAGGAACCCCAAAAAAUGGCUGGUUUUGUGGGCGUUUUGGUCUCAGAUCCUUGGCUCCAGAACCAGUUCACCCAAGUAGAGCUCCGCUCCCUCAAAUCCAAGUUUACGUCGAUGAAAGAUCACGGUAGUAGCAAAGCCGACGGCGGUCUGAAGCUCCGCGACCUUGCGUCUGCGAUGUCCGGAUUGAAGAUCGUCGGCGACGGCCUCACGGAGGACGAGAGGGAUUGUUUUAUCAGAGAGUCUCACUCCAAUCUCGACGACGCCGUCGAUUUCGAGCUCUUCCUGCGGGUUUAUUUGAAGAUGCAGGGCCGGAUCGGCGCGAAGAGCUCGUCGUCGGCCUUCCUCAAGGCCGCGACGACGACUCUGCUCCACACCAUCAGUGAGUCGGAAAAGGCCUCUUAUGUAAACCAUAUCAAUAACUAUCUCGGCGAAGAUGCGUUUCUUAAGAAAGACAAGUAA